UGUGCCAUAAAUAAGAUAAGCAAUCUGUCCUGUGUUUAUGUCCCGGAAUUGACAAACAUAUUCUCAAAUCUCAACUCACAUAGUUUUUCUAGUUUGUGCACCUCACUAAUGACUAAUAUGAAAUCACAGAUGAGUUAUUCUUAUAGUUUAAUUUUUAAAACUUCUACAAUAAUGAAUGUACCUUUAAUUUAUAAAAUUCUGUGCCGAGUGCCGGCUUAGUUUCGAAGUGUAUAAAUCCGUUCUGUACUGUAAUCCGUAUAAUAAUCAUAUUUAUUUUUGACAAUAUUAUUAUAACCUAGGAACGCCAAGUUACAAAACUCAAAAUGAAUACAAAUGUUUGUAUUAAUUGCAACAAUAAAAAAACAAUCAACCGAACUGAUAAUAGACUAGUGACAGAGAGUUGUGGUCAUAUAAAAUGUAUGGAUUGUCUCCUGCAAGAAAAAUCUGGUUGUGUAGCCUGUAGUGAGUCUAAGAUUAGCCAACUAAAUGGCUCCAAAUUAGAAGCAACUGAACUAAUAGAUGCAUCUAUUGGUAAUCCAGAAGAGAAAAAAGCUGAAUGUAAUGAUUUAAAUAGGAUAACACCAGAAACUCCUCAUAUCAAACUUGAAACAGAUAUGUCUGGUAUAAAAUACUAUGUGUGUACCAUUUGCAAUAAAAAGUUACAGACUCGUAAACACACAAUUUACCAUGCAUACUGCAAUGGACAAAAGAAACCAUAUCAAUGUAUGGAAUGUAAUCAGGGUUUUGUGUCUCAAUCUCAUUACAAAUAUCACAUGAGGGUUCAUCGGAACGAAAAGAUAUACCCGUGCGACGUGUGCAGUUCGAGCUUCGUGCAGAUGUCUAAAUUGAAACGCCAUAAGCUGAAACAUUCGAACGAGAGAACGUUUUCGUGUCCUCAAUGCGGCAAAUCUUUCAACAACGCGACCGCUCUGCGCAAACACAGCCUGACCCACUCGGAGGAGAAGCCCUUCGCGUGCGAGACCUGCGGCAAGAAGUUCCGAGACAAGUCCAACUACCGGAAGCACUCGUUGCGGCACCGCGACGCCAGCGCGGCGCAGGACGGGCCCCGCGGCGCCGGCCGGAGCCACCAGUGCCCGCGCUGCCCUCGCGCCUUCCACUCGCGCAAGGACAUGCGUCGCCAUCUCGCGGUGCACACAGAUUCGAAGCCGUUCCGUUGCAAGCUCUGCGAGCGUCAGUUCCGGCGCAAGGACAACCUGGAGAGGCACAUCCGCAACACGCAUCCCGAAGUGUACGCGCCUUCGAGCGCCGUCCUCUGCGAGCGCCGAGCGCCCGAUGCUUCGGUGGAUCCCGAGGCGUCGGUGGAGCCCGAGGCCUCCGAGGAGCCCGCCGCCGACGCGCGGUCCAUCCUCGAGGCAAAUAACGCGCGACGGAGCGUGAUCGUGGAGAAGCGGAGGACGGCGGCCGAGGCGCCGAAGCCCGUUCAAGAGGACGAGUACGUGCACAAGAUCCGGAAGGCCGUGGUGCCCCUGCCGCCCAUCGACCAGGAGAAGUUCCAAAGCGUGAGACGAGGCAUCCCGCCCGGCGACCCGGCGCCGCCGAUCAGGAACGUCGAGAUCUACCAGAAGAUCCUCUACGGCCGCGCCCUGCACAGCCCCAAGGCGCUCUGGCGGAGGAAGAUGGAGGAGAACACCGUCUAAAUUUCUACUUUAUCAGUAUCGCGAAGCCGCGGGCUGCCUUUGUUCUAAUGAAGUGAGAUUUUGGCCAAAAAUGUUAAUUGAUCUCGAAGUUAAAACAUAUCAUUCAUUUUAUGUUAAUUAAUAUUUAAUAAAAAUGAAAUAUAUUCACCUUUUAAAGGAAAGAAAUGUAAGAAAACGUUGUCAAAAACUUUUUAAUUUUCACGAUUCGUUUACUUUAUUACGCUGUCAGAUUUGCUCCGGAAGGCAGAGAUUUCAGUAUAUUAGGGCGACGUUAAACGAUAGAAAGAUAGCUUAUCGCUAUUAUUAUUAUAGAGAGACCUUUCACUUAGAGUAUAAUAUUAGAUAUAUACUUUUAAAAAAUGAAAGCCCAAUGAAAUGUGUUAACGGGAUAUAUCUAAUGUAGUAAUUUAUUUUUGUGCAGCAGAGCUGGAGUUGCCAAUUAACUAUAAACUAUGCAAUAUAAUAUUUUAUUAUUAUUAUAGGAGCUUGAGCAAAAUGCAAGUCGCCAGUUCUGUACAUCUCUGGUGAAGGUUAUCGAAAUAAUGAUUAUUUCCCUUGAGUUAUUGUGUAUGUAAAUAUGAGUAUUGCUAGGGGAACCUUUUAGCUUGUAAUAUCGACUGAAGAUCAUGAUCUCGGACACAUUCAGAUCUCAAGGAGUUUAUGUAAAGUAGGUACGACUCUAAGGGAACUAUGUUUUUUAAAUAAUAAUACAUUUUGUAUACGCA